AAAGAAAUUUUGGAAAAAAAAAUGCCGAAAUCAAAUUCAAAAAAUUAUCUUAACGAUAAACCUCAAACCCAAAAUUCUCUCACUUCACCAACAACUUUAACAAAUUCACAACCUACUUCGUUUCAAGUUUUGAUGUCAUAUUAUACUCCUUCGGUCACUUCUGGACCUCCUUAUAAUUUAACAUUAUCCCUUCCCGUUUUAUUACUUCCCAGAUUAAUGUCAAAUGGAUCACCUGAAAACUCCCAGAGUGCAUUUACUUUAUUUCUAAUGGAUUAUAUCGCAAAAAUUAAGAAACAAAAUUUAAAUCAAAAUCAACAAUUAACUAUAAGAGAAAUAACAUAUUAUGCUAGUAAAGAAUGGAAAUAUCAACCUUCGAAUGUUAUUCGAUUCUUCGAAGUCUUAUCUUUGGCCUCCAAAGAACUUCAUGAAAAAUAUCGUCCAAAGAGAAAAUAUGUCAAGAUAAAAAACAACGAAAACAAAAAAGAAUCAAAAAUAAAUCAUACGAUAAAAAAUAAUACUAUAAAUAAUCCGAUAAUUAAUACGAUAAAUACGACGAAAAAUACAACGAUAAAUACAACGAUAAAUACGACAUUAGUUAAUAAUUCGAUGCCAAUUAUACCUCCUACGAGCGUUAACUCUUUUCCAAAAUUUGACGUCGAUUUCGAAUUAUAUGAUGAACCGAAAGAAGAUGAAAUAUUUUUUUCAUUAUUUCCGUAAAUGAACUUUCAAGUUCUAAAAAAAAAAAAAUAAGAUUAUGAAUAAGAAGAGUUAGAUGUAAUUGUACAAUAUAGAGAUAUAAAUCGUAAACGGGCAUUAAAAAAAUAUGUAAAAUAGAAAAUAAUAUGUAUGUAAUAUGUAUGUAUGUAUGUAUGUGACCA